AUGAAAGAAACUUCAAAUGAUUACAUUGAUGAUGUGCAAAAGCAAAAGUUUAUCAAUAAACUAUCCUCGCAAAAAAAAGAAAGAGAAGAAGCUUGGUGGAUAAAUGGUGCUUUCGUUAUCGUUGUGCACAUCAUUUCACUCAUUGCACUUUUAACAUAUACACCACCUUUAAAAACAUGGAUUAUGAUGUUUAUGUUUUGUCAGUUAGGAAUGCUCGGAAUUACGAUCGGAUAUCAUCGAUUAUGGAGUCAUCGAGCAUUUGAAGCAAGGUUUCCUUUGAGAAUCAUUUUGGGAUUUAUGGGUACUCUUGGAUUCCAAGGGUCUAUCAAGUGGUGGGUUCUUCGUCACAGACUACAUCACAGAUGGACGGAUACGGAACAUGAUCCUUAUUCAGCUGCAAAAGGGUUUUGGUUUUCUCAUAUGGGCUGGAUUUUCAAGAAACCUUAUUAUCCACGAAUGGAACUGAUCGAUUCAUCGGAUCUCAAUGCAGAUCCCAUAGUUAAAUUUCAACAUAAAAACUAUGUUCCUUUAACGUUGGCUUGCGGAUUAUUACUUCCCACCUUGAUCGGUUCAUUCAUGGGAGAUACCCUCGGCGGAUUGUUAUAUGGAGGUUUCCUAAGUCGUAUAAUCAUUUGGCAUUCAACUUUUUGUAUUAAUAGUUUUGCGCAUUGGGCCGGUGAUCAACUUUAUUCCAACGAAGUUUCAGCACGUGGAAAUUUAUUUCUUGCUCUAUUGACCAACGGUGAAGGUUAUCACAAUUAUCAUCAUGAAUUCCCCAAAGACUUUCGAAACGGAUAUCGAUUAUUUGACUGGGACCCAACAAAAUGGAUAAUCUAUGUCAUACAUCUCUUUACAAAUCAAAUUCCGAGCUUAAUUCGUGCUCCUGAUAAUGAAGUGCGCAAAGCAAUGCUCAACAUGGAAUUGAUUAAAUUACAACAGAAUCGCGAGCAAUGCAACUGGGGUGUCGAUCCUUCCACUUUACCGGUUAUGACUUACAAACAGUAUAAAGAGAAACAAAACCGGGAAAGAAAAGAAUGGGUAUUAGUUGGUGAAUUUGUAUUGGACGUUUCAAAAUUUAAAGAUGCACAUCCUGGUGGUGCAAAGGUUUUAAGAAAUUAUUAUGGAAAAGAUUCAACUAAAGCGUUUUAUGGUGGUUUAAACAUUCACACAAAAGCCGCUAAAACCAUGACAGCCAUGUACAGAGUGGCAAGAGUUGAAAAGAACGAAAAAGAGGAAUAA